CAUUUCGCAACUGCUCUACACCCAGCCUUCUCGUCAAUGCCAAGCUCCAUUCAAGUACUCAGUGAUAUCCAUCUUGAAAUUGAGAGGUCACAGGACACCAUCGAGUAUGAGACUUUCAAGGUUACACCAGUGGCCCCCAUAUUAGCCUUACUGGGUGACAUUGGAACCGCAAACGACCCCCGUCUCUUUGAGUUCAUUAGAACACAGCUCCAUCAAUUUAAAGCCGUAUUGUACGUUCUUGGAAACCACGAGUUUUAUUGGAACAGCUAUGAUAGCGUCACCAAAGCGUUCGAGGAUUUUGAGGACUCCAUUACCGCCGAACGCGCUUCGGGGUCCUCUCCUACCUUAGGGGAAUUUGUCCUCAUGAACCGGCGAUCUUACUCGCCUGGUCCAGAGACCAACACUAUCAUACUCGGCUGCACUCUCUGGUCCGCUCUCAAUCCCGCGGACUUGGAAUUCCUGAUAUGGGGUCUGAACGAUUUUAGAGCUAUCAAGGGCAUGAACCCUGAGGUAUUUUGCAAGCUGCACGAAGAGGAAAUCUCCUGGUUACGCUCAAAAAUCGAACGAAUCAAGAUUGAUUUCCCUGAAAAGGAUAUUGUUGUCCUUACACAUCAUGCACCUACCGUGGACGGGACGGCGAAUCCGAAAUACAAGGGCGGACCGACUAACAGUGCUUUUGCCACGGAAUUAACUGGGGAGGGCUUCUGGGGUGAACCGAUCAAGACUUGGGCUUUUGGACAUACACACUGGACCUGUGAUUUUGUACGGGGUGGGAUCAGAGUUGUGAGUAAUCAGAGAGGAUACAAGCAUCGCAUCGACGAACAAGCAAAGCCAUUCGAUGGCAAAUUUGUGAUUGAAAUGGGCUAGAUUUGAGGUUCAAUUUACCUGUGCUGUACUAUCACCGAUCAUGUCCUAGAGAGGUUACAAGGUAUAUUCCUGGCUCUCCACCGACAGGGUGUAUCGUCGCAAUCGGGCUCCCCGCCUUGGUUCUUGCUUAUCAUCGUGGCGUAGCUGUGUAAGUUUCGUUAUGGCUGGGCCACGCUCUCAAUAUCGUCAGGUGCUAUCAGUCGCAAGUUCUGAAUUCCGCACCUCAUUUUCAACGUUAAUUGUCUUCCCCUGGCCAACACACCUCACCUCGAUGCAAACCUUUUAAACUCGACCGAAAGUUUCUCAGAACGCAGUUAGCUCCCGUGUAAUCGAUUAGCUAUGAACUCUAAACUGAGACAGCUAAAGUCUGGGCUCGCUGGGCGUGAG